UUAAAGGGAAUUAGAUGAGGAAUACAUAUAGGCGAUAUAAAAAAUUUGAGGAGGCUAUCGGGAGAUCUUAAACUCCAUAAUCUCCUAAUAUCCCACAAUCCUUCUCUAGUCUCUCAAAUCCCAUUAGCCCUACGUAAUCCGCUUUAUGUUUUAAUUUAUUGUAAUUUACAUUUGUUUUAUUGAUUUAUUUUACUGAUUUAUUAAAUUCUUCUAUUUAUAAAUCAGAUUUUUCAAUAAAUAACUACUCCCAUAACUUUUUAAAAUUUUUAAAUGAAUUUAAAAUUUUUUUUAAAUUUCCCGGUUUCCCGGUCCGGGUCCCGGUCAUUUUUGACCGGGAUGAAACCGGGAACGGGAAUUCCCGGUUUUCCCGGUCCGGGUCCCUCCCGGUCGACCUUCAGAACCCGUUUCCCGUUUCCCGGUCCCGGUUUUUUCAAAAUUCCGAUCUCUAAUGGUUACAUCAUUUCUCCCAAGCUUUCCUUUAUUUCCCUCCAUUUCCCUUCCUCAUGCUUUAUUUUGAAUUCAAAUUUUUCUCUCCCUCAUUUAUUAUUUUAGAGCAUUUAAACAAACGGCGGAAUCAAUUAAUGAUUUGGAAGGUCGUCAUUGGUCUUUUGAUGGAAAUAUUAACACAACAAAUAUUCUUGGUGGUCAAAAAGAGUCAUCUGGUCCAAAAAAUCCAGAACUUUACAAAACUCAAUGGUGUCGCAAUAUGUUGUUGAAUGGAAAUUGCAGUUUUGAAGAUAAAUGCUGGUUUGUUCAUAACAGCUCAGAGCUUAGAAGUGUUCCACAAUUAAACAAAACAAUUAAUGUCGCUCCAUUAUUUAAUCUUUCUUCGUCUGCUCUUUAUAAUCGUCGAAUUGGUCGUUUUUGA